AUUUGGCUCGCUAAUUGCCUUUUGGAAUUAUUCGGGGUUGUAUAGACGAAGGAGUCGGUUCUGGGGCUGUGGCAUGUCAUAACACUUUGAUUGUUGGAGCUGCUUCGCUGUGGAAACAUUUCGUGUCGUACGGUGGCAGAGUAAUGCAGACCGAGUUGUUAGAGGGGAGACUUCGCUGCGCAGGGAUCUGAAAAUCGCUCCUUCAGUUUCGUACACCUUGCUCCGUACUAAAUAACGCUCUCCCCGCGUGUCACGCAGCACAAGUGACGAUAAUAAUAAGGAGUGUAUGGAAAACUCGGUGACCCUAUUAGUUUUCAAACACUCUUCGAGGGCAAUGUGGAGAGGGACAGCCAAAGUGCGAUGUUUCCUCGUGAAGGAGAUAUCAUCCAACCUAAAUGUGCGCGUCACAUUUCUCUGCCCGUGUAUUUUGUGUCGAGUUCUAAUUCAGACGUCAUAGCUCGGCUCGCGCUUAGCGAAAAACCAACGGUCACUUUUAUAGUUUGACAGGAUUCGGCCAGUACGGACGCGUCGGUUAGUUUGGCUACAUUGUGGCCACACGGACUAUGUAGGCUUUCGUUUCUUUCUCCGAAGGAAAACGUCUAUUUCGGCUAAUCCCCGCUCGCGGGACCUACAUUUUGUUGUUUUUGUGUUUAAACAUCGGCGUUAUUUAUCUCUGACUCCCAUUUCAGCACGCGAGGCGCUUCGUGUCACCUGAGAGUCUCUUGUAUUGUGUGAAACGGUUUUUUAGUAGCUCCAGCUAGAACGAGCGAGUGGGUUGGCCAGAGAAACAAACAUUUCGGUCUGUUUUAGGACGAUGCUCUGUCCUAAUAUUAAGCUUGCUGUGGAUACGUGACAUUGGCUGGUCAUCGACUGCUUUUCUGCAUCAUCCUUUGUGCAUAAUAAGCUCCGGGCUGCGGAGCUCCGACAGACUGACCGGGAGACCGCGAGUGUGCUGAGCUCCAGUCUAGAGAGGAGAGACGAUGCUUAUUUCCUCGUCUCCGUUUAUCAUUGCGCUGGUAACCCCAUUCAAAAGAACGAGGGCUGAAGAAAAACACGGGCUCCCACUCCCACUGAUCCUGCGUUUUCAAUAAUUGAGAUGCCUCAAGAUGAAAAAUGUCUGAACGAAAAUGAUCGGUUCUAUCUUUAGCAGCAGAUAUAAUCGCGCAUAUAACACAUCAUAAACUUUCCAAUCAUCAGACUUUCGCUAAAGGCCUAUACGGAUUGGUUAUGCCAUACAGACACUUUUAAGUGUACCGACAUCAGUUGGAUCUCAUUUUAAGUCAGAAAGAUAAGCAGUUCAUAUUUUAAGACAUCUGUCACCUGUAUCGUCAACGUGGUGCUGCUGCGCUCACCUGCAUUCUGAUGCGAGUUUACGGUGUUUGUGUUUGCAUAUGGAGCUCAGAGCUGCAAACUACCCACCCAGAGGAGAAUCCCAUAAAGAGUCACUUGUCCACACACACUGAGUAAUGUGUUGAGAAAACGCCUAUGCAGGUGGAUCCCUCACCAAUGAAUGUAGGGGAUGGAGGGACGGUGAGCAGAGAGAGCAGUGCCCCUACCCACAUGUCUGAGAGCAUGGUGGGGAAUCCACAGCAGACACUGCCUCUUGAACUUAGAGGUGACGUACCUCAAAGUCAGCAGAACAAACUGAGGGCGACCACAGACUGUAAAACGCCCGACGUCUGCUCAGAAGCCAGCAAUUCAAAUCAUUGUCCCCAAAUCCAACCCUCCCAACCCCACAGCAAUGUGUUUAGCACGGACCCCGUGAGCACACCAUUGCCUGAUCGGACUGAUGUUUCCAAAGGCAAGGUUGACAGUGCUGGCAUCUUCUCCACUCACCAGUGGCCUUGUGGUAAAAAGGUCACUGCAGAGGACCCUGUGAACUCUGUUCACUCUAGUAUAAACUUAAACAAGAAGACUAACGCACCAGCACCCACCCAGCCUGUAAUAAGUGUUCCUUUAGGGUUCCAGUGCUCUACGCUGUUUAAACCCGGCCAGCCUGUUGCUUUCCUUCCCUCCUCUAAUUUUUCUUCUCCUCUCUGUAAGAUCACAUUGCCACCAGGGUUAGGCCAGAUUGCAGCACUAAGAGAAGCCACUGCUAGCCAGUUUCAAAAGGACUGCCCAGCGCAAAGCUCUUGUUCAAGCACGACACCUAUGCUCAAAACAUACCCGUAUCACUUUUCCGUGGGGAGAGGGCCCGGUGCUGAGAAGAAGACUCAGUCUUCAGGAUCCAAAGUCAGGUGUGACUCUUUGUCCAAGGGCUUUCAUGGUGGAUCUGAGCAUAAAGCCACAAUGUCUUCUGUAGCAGCCCCAGCUCUAGCCCUUCCAGUACAGCAAGCCACACAGGGCUCAGCUCCACCAACCCAUUUCACCAUUUCUCCCACUGCUGCCAUCUGCUGCAACCCAGCUCUGGCAAAUAUCACCACUCAAAGUCGGCUGCUUAGCCUUGUAGAAAAAGGUUCGACGUACCGAGGUGCUGAAAAGACCUCGUUAGCGUAUCUGAAACCAAAAACUCUGUCCACUCCAGAGGAGCAUAAUGUUUCCUGCCCCGCUGAGUCAAGAGAUGUGCCCCUUGAUCUGUCUGCAAAGUCCAAGCGACAAAAAAACAUUAAAGAUACUCAGAACCCAUCAGUGGCCACGGAACAUCAUUCUGCGGACUCUCAUCAGAAAAACAUUGCUGGUUCUAAAAAAGUUAAUUCUGCUUCUUUUGGGUCAUCCAGUACAUAUGACACCCAGAGAAAUGGUGCAACACAGAAAUCAUCUUCAAAACUAACUAAUCACCAUGCUUUGGAACCCAACGCAGCCUGGGCCAAAGGCUCAUCUCCUGGUUCCUUGAAUAAUCUCCCUGGCACAUAUGUAGGCGUGGCAAGCCCCAUUUUAGCAUCUACUUUACGUAGCAAAGAUGGAAAAAGUGCUGCUUUUGUUGAAGAUCUUCAGACAUUUGCCAAACAGGAAACCAUCUCCAUCAUUGACCAAGGAGAACAGCUGGUUUGUAGAGAGAGGAAAGCACCAUUUGCUGUUAAAGGUGCUCAGCAUAAUAAAGGUGGCAAGCUCUCAACAGGUACUCAACAAGGUUUUUUAUCCACCCAGUUAUGUACUACAGCAAAUUCACAGCCCCACCGGAAGUCUGUUGGUGGAAAAGAAGGGACCCUGUUUACACCUCCAGUUAAAUCCUUGUGGCAACCACCUUGUGUUCUUUCCCAAGGAUCAUCUCUGCAGAAGAGGCCAAGUCAGACUCAGGUCCCCAAGACUAAGAGCUCCCUUGGUUCUGAUAGAGUCCUGUUCCAUAACUCUCAUUUAAGCCCAAGUAAAGUAGAGGAUGAAAAGUGGGAGAAGGCCAAAUCCCCCCUGUCCAACCUGGAGUCAAUAGUGAAGCAGAAAACUCUUGAGACCACUGCGCUUACUGGUGAGAACUACUGUAAUCUGUCUUGUGUGGGAUCCAAGAGGCCUGAGGUAGCCAGCGUGCAGAACAGGUGUCAGGACUCCACGUUGCAGCAGACUCUUACAACUGGUUCUCCUCCGUUCAAGGCCAUAGAAGGACAGGUCAUGAAUUCAGACAGAACCUCUCCACAAACAGAUGCUACAGCAGCUCUAAGCAGACUGGAGAUCACAACCGUUCCUGUGCCCAAGGAUAAGGGACGAGAGAAACAGGCAAAACAGACAGAAAAUCUAGUGUCUGAUGGUAGACAAAAAAAUAAAUCUAGUACCCCUAGUAAAAGGUGUGCUCCCAGUGUUAAAGGAGAAUGGAUGGAAAGGAAAUUGGCUCAACAGUUAGAGGAUGAGACGGCAAAAGAGGAAAAGGCAUCAGAGAGGAAGGCUUCUUCUCAUGUUAAGGUAGAAGGAAUAGCCUUUUCCCUUCUUCAGAGCCAGACUGUAGAAGCAGAAGGAGAGGCAAAAAUGAAUGGAUCCAAAGAGGAGAUACCUUCCAAAGGCAAAGUAUCUGCCACCAAACAGAAGAACCUGAAAAGGCCUGCCAAGGAGAAGACACCUUCUGAAGUGCAAAAAGAGACUAUGACAGUAACUAAAAAGCAAAAAAAUAAAGACAGACCAUCAAUCAAGCAAGGCACAUACCAUAAAAAGAAGAAAGAUGCAUUGCCUGGAGUGGGAAAAAGUCUGAUGAAAGACGGAACAGGCGCAGCCCCCAAAGUAGGGGGAAAGACUCGCAAAGGGAAAAUCUGUCCAGCUAAUAUGGAGCACUCUGACUCAAAUAAAAUAGUGUUUGUCACAGAUUCAGAGAGCAGACCAUGCAGAAGUCCUCAGGUUGACAGAGAUUCAGGCUCUCUCAGCAGUCCGGGCUGGCCUAGUAAAGAAUCAGACUCCCAGGAGGAGGCCUCUCCACGGCUGAGGCGAGGGCGCAGACGGACUGAUGAAGCGUUGCUCCGAGACUGGAGCUUCGCUACUCCACCUACUCCUCCCCCUCUCGACCCCCCCUCUACACCACCCCCUACCCCACCACCCCCUGUACCAGUCCGCCGGCCGCGCGGCAGGCCUCGAAUCAAUCCUCUGCCUGAGGAGGUGGAUGCGGACAAGGACAGGCCCACUGAGGGUGGAGACACCUCUUCAAUAAAGAAAAGGAAACGCUGCAAGAAUCGUAAAUAUCAGAACGGGGAAUACAUCACAGAGAAGGAUAAGGUGGCAGAUGGAGAGGAGGAGAAGCUGGGCGUAGAAGAUGAUGAGAAGAUGGGUGUGUACCCUUGUCUCAGUGCCACACUGACCAACGAAGUGCCCAGUCCAGACAUCAGCCCUAGGCGGACCCUGUUCACACGUUCGGGCUUGACACGAUCUCAAGAGAGUCCUCCCACUACACAUCCUAAUGACAAACCCUCAGGGAAGAGGAAGUUCAAAAGUAAACACCUAUGUGACACAGACGAGCAGAAAAAGCUCAAGACUAAGAAAGGCAGCUUGGGUAAACGCACAGGGCCCCUCAUGCCAGAUGAGGAUGGUCCAGCCGCCAAGAAAACCCCAACUCUUUCUUAUGCUUCUCCCAAACAGUCAAACUCACUACUGUCUGGUAAAAAAGGAAUAGCUGGGAAAUCAGGAAUCCCUGAAUCUACUCCAAGCCGUCCAGUGCCUCCAGAAGUCCGUCGAUUGAUUGUGAAUAAGAAUGCAGGAGAGACGCUGUUACAGAGAGCUGCUAGAUUAGGUUACCAGGAUGUGGUUUUAUAUUGCUUGGAAAAGGAUGUGCGAGAGGUGAACCGUCGUGACAACGCAGGUUACACGGCACUGCAUGAGGCCUGUGCACGUGGCUGGACGCACAUUGUACAGUUGUUGCUGAAGCACGGUGCAGAUGUUAACUGCAGCGCACAGGACGGAACGCGUCCAAUUCAUGAUGCUGUAGCAGCUGAUAAUCUGGCGGCAGUCUGGAUGCUGUUAAAUCAUGGGGCAGAUCCCACACUGGCAACCUACUCUGGUCAGACUGCAGUUAAACUAGCCCAGAGUCCCGGAAUGAAAACUUUCCUCAAAGAGUACUUCACUGAUUUAGAGGGACGAACAGACCAAGAUCCUAGUCUACAGUGGGAUUUCUACAGUAGCUCUGUAUUUGAGACAGAACAGGAACCUUGCUGGGACUUCCUGUUGUCACAGCCUGAGGAAGAAGGCGGGGACAACUUGAGCGAGCAGGUGAAGGAGAAAGACGGCGAUACUGACUGUCUUCUGUUCGAGUUUUCCUCUGAGCCUCUCCUACCCUGCUACCAUGUCCAAGUAUCACUAACGCAGGGUUUUUGUAACUGGUUCUUGCUGGCAGACGUGCUGAAGCGGCUAAAGAUGUCGGCGCGCAUUUUCCGGGCUCGAUACCCUCAGUUCGAGGUGGCCAGCAUCGCUCAGGCAGAGCUGUGGAAGCAGAUCUCCAUCAGUCAAACGUGCACCGCUCCAGAAGAGCUCCAGCUGGGCGACGAUGAGGAUGGGGAGGAGACAGUGGAGCUGGUGCGCUGUGUGCCGGAGUUACAGGAACUGCUAGGCUCCACCAUACAGAUCCUUCAAGAAGAUGAGGAUGACAAUUCAGGGGUCAACACCAGACCCUGCAGUCGAUAGCGACUCCUGCCCUACAUCUCCUGCUCUACAGCCGUAGGAUCUGAACAGGGAGCAGCGAGGUGCCGUCCGCAGUCGUGUGAGGUCCAUUGCAACCGAUGGCCUGUUACCAGUACCAGCACUUUGUAUGUUCAGAAUCAGCCAGAAAGGUCCUAUUUCCUCACAGACACUCUUCUCACAGAUACCCUGAGUAAUGAAAGAGGCCCUAGGGAGCGACUUUUCCAUGCCCUCACCCCAGGGAGAAAGGCUGGGGAUGGACUCCACUGGGAAGCAACUUUCAGGUUCCUUCUGUAGGGGUUUGUUUUUUCAGUAUUCAAUAAAUCUUUUUUUUUUUUUUUUUUUUUUAAAUAAACCUAUAUGUAUAAGUAAAUAUAUAUGUAUAUCUUGACAUCAGGGUGAACGCAUCUGGUUGUAACUUAUCAUUAACAUGUUUUUAUGUUUGUUCGUUAUUGACUGUCCUUUAGAAGGAGUGGUAAUCCAAGUCUUUUUUUAUCUUGGUAAACUAAAUGUGUGUAGCUAAGAGGCUUACGUCAAGCUAACAGCGGCAGGAAUGCCUUUGGGCCAGAUGGUUCCUGUGUAAAACCAUCGAGCCUCUCUCGGCUUCCAGAAGCCCCCUAACCUACAGCAUAUGUUCCUCACCCCGGCCCUCCUUACCUCAGCACCACUGCAGCUCUGCCAGGAUCAUUACACCUUCUCUUUAUUUAGUUUGUAUCGUAGCAGGCAUGGGAUUGUGUUCCUGUGACAUCCGACGUCGCUUUGUUUUUGCUUUGGAAAUCGGCAGGUUGAUGAGCUGUUGGUUUUAUCCACUGAUAUAAUUAUUUUAAGAUAUCAGCAGAAUCAGCCGAUAUCAACCUUGACAGUUAAGUGGUAAAAAAAAAAAACGAGCCUGUGGAGUGGUUUUUUUUUUUUUCCUUCUUUUUUUUUUUUUUUUUAAAGGUUUUUCUAGAGCCGUUUUUCUAGAUUCCGUCUUGAACUGCUUUCCAGUGCUUCUGGAAGGGGUCCUCUCCGAGGUUUUCCUGGUGUACCAGAUUCCAGCGUGCUUUGUGGCGCGUGGUGUGUUUUAUUUACACUGAUUGUUGUUUGUGCUUAAUUUAAUAGUCAUUAAUAUAUUUGACUUUUUUGUGUAUCAGACAAAUGAUAUAUGAAAAUUGCUUUGUAUGGUUGGUGCUUUAUUUGACAAUGUACAAAUAAUGAUCCCUUUAUCCUGAGGUUGUUUUGUUUUCCCACACUGCGAACAGUAUUUUAACAGGCUAAAGUACAGUUUUAUUGUACUGGUGCUAAGCUAGAUUUUGUGUUGACAAUCAAUGAAGUUUUGUUUGAACUGAAACCAAUAAAUAUUUAAAUGAAGAGACAGAGAUGUAAAGAUAGAGUUUAGUUUCACUACUUAUGGAAAUACAGCGAGACAUGAAGAAAGUACUUGGUUUUGAUUGAAGAAGGCAUAUUGCUUCAGUGAUCUCUGUUCAAAGAGGAGAGCUGUUUAUUUGAUUCUUUUUUUAAAGAAAUCAACCAGAAUAAAGCAUGAUUGUCAAGUCUU